CCCACAGUCAUGACAUUAAACAGAAUGCGGCUCGCAAUGCCACUGGCCAUCCUGCUGGCGACACUAAUCCUGGCCAAGAGCUCUGUCCAGGCAGCACCAGUCGAGGAGGAGGUGGACCCACAAGGCACCACACUCGAGAUGGACAGGCAACGCAUCGACUGUAAAUUGACUCUCGAUGCGGCGACAAUAGACUCGUUAGGCUGCAACGAUGAGGUGGCGGAGCAGUCUGGGGCAAGUAGCACUGCUAAUAAUACGGACCAGCUACAGCGUCACUUGAAGACCUCCGAUAGUCAGCCCAUCUAUGAAUUGCAAUUGGUUGUUUGGCCCAGUGACACUGAGGAUGGUGAUGACUUCAAUCCGCUAGAGGAAAGUACAACCACAACAACAGCAGCAACAACAACAACAGCAGCAACAACAACAACCUCGACAACAACAACACCAACCACAACAACAAUGUGGCCAUUGUAUGAGGAUCAAUUGGUUGUAUUUCCGCAAAUGGACUUUGAAGAGGAAAAUCUUGAUUAUUUCUUGGACGAAGAAGCACCAGCAGUAAGACCACCGGCAAUAUCUGCAACCACUUCACGUCCCAGGCCCAUAGAUCCCACUGGCACAACCACACCAACGCCCACUUAUGUUGUUGAAAAUUAUCACGUCAUACACCCCAAUGGAACCGAAGAGUACAAAUUAGUGCUGAGCAACGGCAUGGCGAACUAUAAGAAACUUUACACGAAGCGAGUGGGCGAACGGCAGAUCAAUGUGCAGGAGGGCUACAACUCGGUGCCCAUCGCUGGACGACGCAAUCUGAUACAAACUCAGUACUUCAUUGCCGAUGAGCGUGGCUACAAUGUCUACAAGAUUGAGCAAAACUAUCAGCAGCCAGGGUUGCCCAAACAUUUGCAUUACAAAGCCACAAAAGCGUCCAAUAUGUGAGCAGGAAUGAGUUGAAGGAUUCUAAAAUGCGCGAUGCACAGUGGUCGGAAAUAC